CUCCAAUCGCCUUUCAGAUGAAGACCUCCUGCAAAACUUAAGCUCGGUAACAGAGGGUGAAAAGUGAUUGCUAGAUCUGCCUCGCACAGCUAGUUUCCACUGAGAAAGGAGAGGGUGAAGCGAAAAGGUAGACCAUCCACACCCAUCAGCAGGUCUUCACCUACCCAACACUGUUCUCCUAACCUCAAAGCUACAUUAGAAGAGGAAAGUCCUGAAAUAGUGAUCCAGAAGAAAAAACUGCAUGAAGAGCUGAAGGAGGUGCUGAGCCGGAAGCAAAGCCAUCUGAGAGAAACUCAGUCAUUCCAAGGAGACAUGAAUCCCUUAGGGCAAAUCAGUGAGGCCAAGGAGAAAGUUCCUGCCUCAGAAAUGGUGGAAGUUGUCGUGGAGACUGAGGCAGAAGCUGGGGCAAGUGGCUACAGUGUGACAGGCGGAGGAAAAAAGGGAAUUUUUGUCAAAGACGUAUUAAAAGACUCACCGGCAGCAAAACACCUCAGUCUUCAGAAAGGAGAUCAGUUGCUUAGCGCCCAGGUAUACUUUGAUAACGUGAAGUAUGAAGAUGCCCUGAAGAUUCUUCAAUGUGCUGAACCCUACAAGGUCUCCUUUUUAUUGAAGAGGACGAUACCAGGCCUCGACGUCAGUACGCUCCCGCGUGCUGCCAGCUUCGAGCUCAAGGGCCCAAAAGCCAAAAUGCCCAAAAUGAGUUUUAGAAGCAAAAGACCUUUCAAAGCUAGAAAAUUGAGAGCUGGGAGGUUUGGUUUAAAAAGAUUAAAAGAGAACAAGCAAAUAAAAGCUAGAAGAGAAAUCGAAAAGGAAACGUCUCCGGCCAAGCUGGAGUUCAGCCCCAUGGAUGUAGAGUUUGUCUUCCCAAAGUUACACAAGCCGCCAAAGGUCGGGAUAGAGCCUAUGGAAGGAGAGAUGAAAUUCACAGGAUAUGGCCCUCAGGGUGGGGGACUCAAGACAGAGAAGAAGAAAAUGAAAAUAAGGUUUCCUAAAAUGAAGCUGAAGCAAGCUAAUAUCGAAGAAGGCAACAUAGAAGGUGGCAUCAAGGACACUGAUAAGACUAAAGAAAAAGUCAAAGUUAAACAGAAGGCUCCAGGCUUUGGGAUAGCGUUCACUAAAGCUAAGGACAGAAAACUAGACUCCUCUGAAGAAAAGAUGGAAGUGAAGUCACCUGAAAUCAAAUUCAGACCACCGUCAGUAGAGUUCGAUUUUGGUGUGUCUAGUCAAAGUGAUGCAGAUGCAAUAAAAACUCAUGUAAAAGAAAAAGAUGGAUUAAAGUUUCAACCUCCCAAAGUUGAACUAUCCAUGGGAUUGCUCUCAGCGAAAGCAGACGACGCCUUACAUAAAAAGGGUCAAAUAAGUCCCAAAGUAAGUAAGGAAGACAUCAAGUCACAAAAAGGACACUCGAUAGGUGAGGGCAUUAAAAUUGAAAUUGGCAAAUUUGGUUUUGGUUCUGGUCCCACUGCUGAAGAUGAACUUGGCAGUGAAGAUGGUAAGACGAAGAAAGCAAAGCUCCAACUGCCAGAAGUUGAACUUCCUCGUUAUUCCUUAGACAAGAAAAAAGUGGACAAAGUUCCAGAGGGGAAGGAGAAGGUGCAGAUGCCAUCCAUCGAUAUUACAGCGCCAAAGUUCGAUUUGCACUUGCUUGUGGGUAAAGAUGUGACCCCGACCCGGAGUAAAACAUCCAAAGCAGAUCGGACACAUGAACCCUUAAAAUUCUUGCCAAAGUUUGGAAAUUUAAAGGAUGAUGUUGAGGUAUCUCUUCCAAAAUUAGCCUUGAUCACUCCAAAAACAGAUCUGAAAGAAAAGGGCAAAGAUCUGGAUGGGCUCCCAUCCAUUGAAAUCUCUUUGCCCAAACCAAGAUGUGAGGCAAAGCUAGCAGUUCCUCAGAAAGAGUCUGUUGAGACAAUUAAAAGACCUGGAAUAAAACUGCCAGUCAUCGACAUUUCAGUACAGGAUCCUGGCAUUGAUCUACACCUGCCGAAACCAAAGGGUGCAGCUGAUAUUGAAGCAAAAGGGGAAUUAAUUAAAGGAAGCCAAGACAGAAUAGAUAAACUGGAGCUAAAAAUGCCAGUAAUAUCAUUACCAAAGCCAGAACUGGGUAGAAUUAGCAUUUCUACUCCCAAAGCUGAUUCCAAAUGCCCAUUGCUAGAUAUUAUAACAAAAGAAAAUGAUACAGAAGUCAAAGAUGCAAGGAUAAGCGUGCCUCAAUUGGAUAUUUCAGUGCCAAAAUUCAUGCCUAGUUUUAAAAGUCCUGAUCAAGCUGAGGAAACCAAAUAUUCAAAGAUUUCUUUGCCAACAUUUGAAAUUUCAUUACCGAAAAUUAAACGUGCCGAGUCAGAUGUUAGUGACAAAGGUGGAAAGAUUAAUAUUCCGGUUGUGGAUAUUUCACUUCCAAAACUGAAAACAUCUGAAUCUGACUCAAAGCUGGAGAGUACAGGAGGUGGCAGAAUAUCCAUACCCCAAGUUGAUAUCUCACCUCCAGGAAUAAAGAGCGAAGAUGGGAACAAAAAUGUAUGGGAAGGUGGUAAAUUCCGCUUGCCUACAUUAUCCAAAAUGAAAGCAUCCAAAAAAGAAGUGGACAUAGAAUGUCCUGAAAUGACAGGAGUCAAAUUACAACUGCCAAAAGUAGAUAUCGCGAUUCCAAAACCAAUAUCAAAAGACGCAGAAAGUGAUGUUGAAGGACACAAAGGCUUAUCUGGAAAGUUUAAAAUUCCAACAUUUGAUGUCUUGCUUCCAAAACUUAAAGGACACAAAGAAGCAUCAGAUAUAAGACAUGAAAAAGGUUACAUGCCCCAAAUUGACAUUUCUCUCCCAAAACUCAAGUCACCGACAGCAGAGGCACAUGCUGAAGGACAUGACAACAAAGAUGGCAAAUUGAAAAUGCCUAGAUUUGAGAUUUUACUGCCAACCAUGAAGUCAAAAGAAGCAAAAAUUGCUGAUGAAAGUCAUAAAGUCAAAGGUGGAAAAUCAUACUUGCCAAAAAUGGAUAUUUCACUUCCACAAGGAAAAUCACAGGAAAUAGUUGCUGAAGUUGAAUGCAGAGAUGAAGACAGCAAACUUUAUAUUCCUAAGGUUGAUGUCUUACUCCCAAAACUGAAGCUACCAGAGGAAAAAAUCACAGAAAGUCAAAAAUCCAAAGAUAGUCGUAUUCAUAUGCCUACAUUAGAUGUUUCACUUCCAAAAAUUAAAUCUGAAGAGGGCGGUAUGAAAACUGAUAUUUCUGUAAGUAAGGGCACUAAGGUGAACUUGCCUUCUCUUGACAUAUCGCUACCAAAUUUGAAGUUACCUGAGGAAAACAUAUUUGCUUCCAGAGGUAAGAAGGACGAAAUGAACUUACAGACAACCCCCGUUAAGAUACCAGCUGUUAACAUCAAGGUGCCAAAGUUUGACAUUGAUUUAAAUCUACCCAGAGGAAAGAAAGAUGCCGCUGCUGACGUGCAUUUCAAAGAAAAAAACAAAGAAAAAGAUAGAAAAAUAGACAAAGGACCUGGAUUUCCUAAACUAUCACAUGGGAUCAAAUUUGGCAAAGGAAACAUACCAGAUAUAAGUCUUUCAAUUCCUAAAGGAAAGACAGAUGUCAGCAGAUGUAAAGCUGAGGUCGAUAUCAAACCACCAAAACUCAAACAUGAGGAUAAGGACCCUGAAAUUGACACUCAUGAUUCACAACUGAAGCUCCCAACAUUAAAAAUACCCAAACUGAACAUUGUAACCCCCAAGCUACCGGAUAUUGACCUGAAUGUAAAGGGGACAAAAGAUAGGGAAGAAGCAUCCAUCAACCUGACUGGAGAGGACCGCAGACCUGAAUGGAGUGACAUCCCAGAAGUGGAGAUAAAAAUUCCUAAAAUUUUAAUAUCUGAAAAAGAAACUGAAACAGAGGUAAAGGCAAAGAAAGGGAAAAUUGCAAUUUCAGAAAAAGCUGAGGAAAGCUAUGAUGAUCACGUGAAGUACAAGUUUAAAAUGCCAAAGUUAUCGAUGCCUAGGUUAGGUUCUAAAGAAGCUGGCGUUGAUGCUGCUGGAGCCAAAGCAGAUCCAGAGUCCAGAGCUAAAAUCCCAUCUAUUGAACUUUCCCUGCCAGCAGGAAAGGUGUCCGGAGGAGGACUGUUAUUUCCAAAAGCUCAAAUGAACGUAUCAGAAGCUGACACUAAGGAGUAUGAAGGAAAGUUUAAAAUGCCCAAAAUGCCUACAGUUAAUAUAUCCGCCCCUAAAAUUGACCUUGGUGUGGGUAUUCCAAAAGACAAACGAGAGGUGUCAUUUGGUUCAAGCAGAUGUAAAGAAGGUGCAAGUGAUCAAGGUUUUGAAGGAAAGGACUUUAAGCUUAGGAUUCCAAAAGUGACCUUACCUUCAUUUAAUGUGUCUAGCUCAAAUGAAGAAAAUAUUGAAUGUGACACUGCAAUGGGAUCAAAGGACAUUCAUACUCAUGCAGACUAUAGAUUCUCCAAACCCAAGGUCAAAAUGCCAGAUGUUGACAUAUCCAUCCCACAGCGCAAAAGUGGAGAAAAUGUUCUCGAUGUUAAAGCUGACAGGACAUUUAAACCUAAAAUUAAAAUUCCAAAAGUGAAUAUAUUAGGCAAUACAGAUGAAGCAGUUCGCUCGCAUACUCCGGCUGAACCAAUGAAGAUGAAAAUUCCAGUGAUAGACAUAUUGGUCCCAAAAGGCAACAUGAAACUGGACAUAGGUUUACCAAAAGGUGAAGGUGCAAAAGGCAAAAAUACCUCAACUGGCUCGCCGAAGUUAAAGAUGGGGAAGGAUGCAGGACUGGAAAUACAUGGGGUGAAAAAGGAUGGGGAGCAACGGGGUCAAUUUAAAAUGAAAAAAUCUGGCAAAGGUGCAGCUGAGAUGCCUGUAGAAAACAAAGAAAAAGUUCAGGGAAAGUUUCAAAUGCCAAAAAUUACCCUUCCUAGUAUCGAUUUUUCUAUACCCAAAGAAGGAACUGACAUUUCUGUUCCUAAGCUGCAAACCCCAGAAUUAAGUACUAAGUCAUCAAAAUUUAAAAUUCCCGACUUGGAGAUAUCAGGCUCCAAAGGAACAAAGGCUGAAAGCAGUGGGUCUACGGAACAUGCCGGUAAAACAAGAGUGUCUGAAGCUCCUUCUGUGUCUUUAGACCCUAUGAUGGGAUACGAAGGACCCAAAAUGCCUAGAGUGAAGAAAGCAGUGUUUGUUUUACUGAAUCCGUCUCAGUCUUUUACGAGCCUCUCUGAUGAAGUGGGGAGUGUAGAGCCAGCUGCUGCCAAAGCGAGAGCACCGAAGAGUGAAAUGAAAUGGAAGGAAGACAAAGAAAGUACUAAGCAGGGAAAAAAGGACAGAGUCUUUGGGGCUGACAGAGAAAAAGCAGGGAUCAGAUCAAAUAUCACUUCCCGCGAAGUCACAGAAAAAGUUGGAAAGGGUAAAGAAGAGAUCGUUAAACCUGUAAAGUCAAGAACGGAGAUGGAACGGCAGAGCUCAGAAUCGCCUAUACCAAAAUUAUCGCUUGGCUUUUUCUCUGGGAGGGCUACGGGGGAGGCAGAAUAUACCACUGUGACUAAAAGGGAGGGGCAGUGUGGUGAGGUCACCAAACAGGAAAUCAGCAAGGGAAAGUCAUCUCUGUUUAAGGUCUCGGAAUUUAAACUAAAUAUGUCUAGUAUCACGCGUAUGACACCAGAGAGUUCUCCACAGAGCAGUAGGGACUCUCUCCAGCGUCCCAAAAAUGAUGAACCCCGGAGCAGCUACAAAAUGCAAAUGCCCAGCGUAGGAUUCUCCAGCCAUACAACUCCAAAAGACCCCAGUACGUUCAAGGAAGGAUAAAUAAUUGGAAUUAAAUAAUCCAAGCUAUGCUAAAUAAAAUUGGCAGUCCAUAGUUAUCUAAAAAAUCUUAAAUCUAUUAUGAUCUAUCCACCUUGUUCACUCUAUGAAUCACAAACUGUUUUCAGAAUGGCUCUCUAUUGUCAAAACAUAGUACUAUAUAACGUCUGCCAUUUUGUAUUGCCAUUUGAAUCCUCAACAUCCAAUCUGAUUCAAUAUACAGCACAUGAUAAAAUACCCACAAUGCACUGCAAAUUAUGGUCUACAGCUAUGCUCCUCAAACCAGUCCUCAGGGAUCCCCAGAUGGCCCACAUUUUUGCUCACUCUCAACUCCCAAGGAAUUGGGGGAGAGCAAAAAUGUGGACAAUCUUGGGGUUCCCAAGGCUUACUUUGAGAAACACUGCUCUACGAACAGCAGGCAGUAGAAUGUAGCGUACAAAACCAUUAUAUUGUUUUACUGAUGAAUCCCCUGUACUACAUAGAUAAGGAGCAUCAUAAUAUUUUCAAACUUUUCAAAAUAAAUUUUAUUGAUGAUUUUUGAAACUUUUGCUUAUAUACCACUACUACUACUGCUACUACUACUAAUAAUAAUAAUAAUAAUAAAUUCCACAACACAAACAAAAAAAGAUUAAACUGAUCAAUAUAUAUACUUAUUAUUGAACUUUAUUAGAAAGAGUUAAUGAUUAAAUAAAUACUAGCAAGUUGAUUAUAAUAAUUUUUGACAUAGUAAUAAUUAAGAAGAAUAAGUAUGCAUUAUCUCUCUUGAAAGAUACAUUAAAUAUGGCUUCAAUAAAAUACUGCAAAAUUUUUAUGAUAAUUUUUGUUACCUUGAAACCUGAAAUGCACGUUUGAUUUGCUAGUUGAUUCACUAAGCUAUCAUCUGUAAAACUCAUGUUUUCAUAUUAAAAAAGUAUUUUUUUAUUUAUACUCAACACUAUAUCGAAACACUUUUCUUUAGACUCCUCCCGGAAAAUGUUUCCCAGGGGUUAGAAAAAAAAUAAUGUUUUAAAAAGUUUGUUUCUUCCUUAAUUUCAUCAAUCCCGCCCCCUGCCCCACACGGAUAACAUAUAUGUAAUAAUUAAUAAUUGAUGUAAUCAUUUUGCCGGGCAACUAUGGACAAAGUUGGUUUAGCUUAAUCUAAUAUUCUAAAUAUAUUGUUGAUUUUCAUCUGAUCCAUAGUUAUAACAUGUUGUCUAAAAUUAGAUAUAGAGUAAUUAAUACUGUACCUUUGCAGUUAAAUAAGAAUAAACACUGUAUUCUCAUUUUGAAAAUGUUAUAUUUACUUGGGUUCAUAAUUGUUUUAUUUUGUGUAUAGAACGUAGUCACUUGCAUGGUGAGAGGGCAGUUAGUUACUUUAGGUGUGAUUUGUUAUAACUCAAUGUGGUGCUUUUAAUUAAUGAAGCAGGCAAUUUGUAUACUGUAAGAGCGUGGGAUUUGUUAUAAAAGCUGUAUAUUGCAAUCUGUUGUGACCUAAAGGAGUUUAUAUUUCUCAUUAUUAUUUGUAGAAAAGGUUAAAAUAUUUACAUUAAUAUUUUAUAUUGUGAUGCGCUUAAAAAGCCAAAGAAUCUUCCAACUUUAACAGUUUAACAGUACUAUCCUGUUUACAAUUUUAUAAAUGUUUUCCAUUUCUCAUUAUUAACAUGUUUUAAACAUUUUUUUACAUAUUUGCUUUUUAUAGGGAAAAUGUUUAAACUGCUUCACUAGGGCAAUGAUUCCAAUAAACAUAAUAAUCUAAAAUAA